AUGAGCGCCCAAGAUGCGGUGGACGCCUCCGAGCACUACGAGGUCUCCAAGCUCGAAGAUGUGCCCUCGUUGACCACCAUCAUCAUCGAUACAAACCCACGCGCUUGGGCAGCACUGGGGGACGUUCUUCCACUCUCAAAGGCCAUUGCCAAUAUCCAGAUAUUCAUCAACGCCCACCUAGCGUUAAGCAACACAAACCAGAUCGCCAUUUUAGCCGCACACACGAACCGAGCUGUAUGGCUGUAUCCAACGCCCCCAAAACCACCAUCAGAGGAUGUUGAGAUGCGAGAUGCCGGCAAGACGGAUACCUUCUUAAACACAGCGAAUAAAUUCCCACAAUACGCCCAAAUCGAACACGCCCUCGUAACCUCCCUCCGUGAGCUCAUCGGGAGCACGAUACCACCGGACCUCAACGAGACCACAACUCAAAUGUCAGGCGCCUUAACACUCGCCUUAGCCCAUAUGAACAAGACGGCGCUUGCCUAUAGUGCGAGCCAGGCACUCUCCAACUCUACUGCAGGAACCACUGCCCCGGGCACAACCGCAAGCACCGGUUUGGUCGGUUUUCACGGCCGUAUCCUCGUCAUCUCCGUCUCCGACUCCGCCGCCUCCCAAUACAUCCCCACCAUGAACGCCGUCUUCGCAGCCUCCAUGUCCCGAAUCGCCAUCGAUACCCUUGCUCUCCGAGGCAGUGCCACCUUCCUCGAGCAAGCCUCUUUCAUAACCCAAGGCACAUUUAUUCAAGCCGCCGACCCUCAAGGCAUCUUACAGUACCUCAUGUUCGGUUUUGGAGUGGGUAGCGCAUCUUCCGGGCUUUCAGCAGCACAGAAUGACGGCUCCGGGCCACUGAUGGGCAAAUCAAAAACAGGCAAACAAAGAGAGGGAGAUGAGCUGAGGAAGCCGGUGGGAGAAUGCCUGUUUACGCCGGCGGCGGACUCGGUAGAUUUCAGGGCCGCGUGUUUCUGCCACAGGAACGUAGUGGACACGGGGUUUGUGUGUAGUAUCUGCUUGAGCAUUUUUUGUGAGCCACCGCCUGGGGACGAGUGUUUGACCUGUGGGAAUAAAUUGGCGGUGGGGGAUUAUGGGAUGAUCAAGACACCGGAUGGAUUGAACGUGGAGCCGGCUAAUGCGAGAUUGGCGCCUUCUCCGAGUGCUAAGAGAAAGAGGAAGUUGGAGGCCAAUGGGGAAUAA